AUGGCAAACCCAAAGCAAGACAAGACAAACUUAGAGCAACCCAAAGCAAGACAAGACAACUUAGAGCAACCCAAACAACCCAAAGGCAAGCAACAAGACAACUUAGAGGCAACCCAAAGAAGACAAGACAACUUAGUACAACCCAAAGCAAGACAAGACAACUUAGAGCCAAACCCAAAGGCAAGACAAGACAACUAUAGAGCAACCCAAAGCAAGACCAAGGACAAACUUAGAGCAACCCAAAGCAAAAGACCAGACAACUUAGUGAGCAACCCCAAACAAGACCAAGACAACUUAGAGCAACUGCCAAAGCAAGGACAAGACAACUUAGAGCAACCCCAAAGCAAGAACAAGACAACUUUAGAGCAACCCAAACAAGACAAAGACAACUUAGAGCAACCCAAAGCAAGAGCAAGACAACUUAGGGCAACCCAAGCGAGACCAGACAACUUUAAAAGCCAACCCAAAGCAAGACAAGACAACUAG